AUGUCCCUUUUUGAGCGAUUCACCAUUGAAGCAGUAUUGAACAUGUUGGCGGCAUCGGUAGCCAAGUUACCGCCCCCCCUUGAUCGGGAGCGUAUAUUCAGCGUCUUAUCUGCGGAGGCUGUAGUGCAGAAUGAGCACCACAAACUGCAAAAGGCCGUUGAUACAAUCAAGGACCACAAGUUCAUGAUUUAUGGUCGUCAAUUCAAGCUCCGAGAGACUGUCAUCCCAGAUGCCAUCCUUGCCACCGCUUCCGCCACCCCCCCUGUGCCUCAAGGCAUCUGCAAGCUGCCUGCCGAGCUACAAGACAUGAUCUGGGCUUCACUCGAGGUCCCAGACCGUGCCAUACUCGCAAUGACGUCCAAGAGCCAUGCAGAAGCAUACAACAGUCUCAAAAAGGCCUUGAUUACCCGUCGAGGCGACACUGUUCCAACUAUGCACAGACUUCCCCGUCCCACGAAAAUCACCAAAGUUCAUCGGCUCAAAGUCCUGGUUCGGUUGAGGAGUUGGAUGCCGAUCAACUAUCGGCUGUGCUACUCUUGUGUCACGUUUCUAGACCUUGUCCAGUCAUCCAGAUCCAACGGUGACUGGGGAGGCGAUCAGCAGCUGGUCAGCUCUGGGCUUGCAACAGAGGCGGCCAUGAUGAGAGGCCCCCAUUGCCCUCUCUGCGUGAAACGCCGUCGCAUUCGGCUCGCCAAGGAUCGCAGAAGCUACAAAGCCUACACCUCGGCAAUCAACAAGAUUUCUCUGAGGAGUUGA